CUUUUUCCUGCACGUGCGUUCCACCUUACUUCCGGACUGUGCGUUCCACAUGCAGGAAAUGAGUUUUCAUCGACUGCUGCUGCCUCCCAGUGUCCGUGGAGAUCAGGAACUCCAGCUGUGGGGAACGGAGUCUUUACUACACAUCACAUGUUCUGUAUUCUCUCUGAUUCACUGAGGAUGGAUAAGGACAGGAGUCACAGGACUGAGAGGAUAAUAAAUAUCACCCUGGAAAUCAUCUACCUGCUGACUGGGGAGGAUUACGCAAUAGUGAAGAAGACAUCCAAUGAGUUUGAGACACCCAGCAGCCAUCCCCGUGUAUCAGGAGGACUGAGUGGAAUCCAGAGCCCAAUCACGGUGCCUCCACCUCACUCACUGACACAUGAGAGACACAAUGACAAGAAGAUCCUGGAACUCACCAACAAGAUCAUUCAGUUGCUGACUGGAGAGGAGGGGGAGUACAUAGAGGAACACAGGGGUCUGUACAAGGACGUGAUGAUGGAGAAUCACCGGCCCCUCACAUCACUGGAUGGACCCAGUAACAGAGAUACCCCAGAGAGAUGUCCUCGUCCCCUGUAUUACCAGGAUUGUACAGAGGAGAAUCACAGGAUCCCACAGGAGGAUCAGGGUGAAGCCCAAUUAAAUAAUAUUAAAGUCAUAGAUACAGAGGGAGAAGAAGAGAUCUAUGUGACUGAUAUAAAGACAGAAGAUAUAGAGGGACAAGAAGAGAUCUAUGUGACUGAUAUAAAGGCAGAAGAUAUAGAGGGAGAAGAAGAGACGUAUGUGACUGAUAUAAAGGCAGAAGAUAUAGAGAGAGAAGAAGAGACGUAUGUGACUGAUAUGAAGGCAGAAGAUAUAGAGGGAGAAGAAGAGACGUAUGUGACUGAUAUAAAGGCAGAAGAUAUAGAAGGAGAAGAAGAGACGUAUGUGAGGGGUGAUCAGCAGUGUAAGAAGGAGGAGAAUCCUACAGAUAUCAGCACAGCAGAUGGACACACAAGCAGGAAUAUCUCAGAAGGACAUCUAAUGUUAUCCCAGGAUUGUGACAUAAAAGAGAAUGACAGUAGACAGGAUUCUCCAGGAGCUAACCCCAUUACCCCAAUUAUACAUCCAGCUCUAUCAGCUGAUCCCUCUGAUACUGGGAAAUGUUCUCCUGAUCACUCUGAUAUUGGUGCAUCUGUUACAGCUCUGAAAGUAGAUACAGUGUUUCCAUGUUCUAUAGAUGCCAAAUGUUUUACACAGAACACCAAGCGUAUUAACCCACACACAGGUAAGACAGGUGAGAAGGCAUUUCCAUGUUCUGAGUGUGAGAAAUCUUUUACAUACAAAUCAUAUCUUCUUAGACAUAACAGAAGUCACACAGGUGAGAAGCCAUUUCCAUGUUCUGAGUGUGGGAAAUGUUUUACACGGAAAUUAGAUCUUGUUAGACAUAACAGAAGUCACACAGGUGAGAAGCCAUUUCCAUGUUCUGAAUGUGGAAAAUGUUUUACACGGAAAUUAGAUCUUAUUACACAUCAGAGAAGUCACACAGGUGAGAAUCCAUUUCCAUGUUCUGAGUGUGGGAAAUGUUUUUCACGGAAAUCAAAUCUUGUUAGACAUAACAGGAGUCACACAGGUGAGAAGCCAUUUCCAUGUUCUGAAUGUGGGAAAUGUUUUGCACACAAAUCAGAUCUGGUUAUACAUCAGAGAAGUCAUACAGGCGAGAAUCCAUUUCCAUGUUCUGAGUGUGGGAAAUGUUUUGCACACAAAUCAGAUCUUGUUAUACAUCAGAGAAGUCACACAGGUGAGAAGCCAUUUCCAUGUUCUGAGUGUGGAAAAUGUUUUGCACACAAAUCAGAUCUUGUUAUACAUCAGAGAAGUCACACAGGUGAGAAGCCAUUUCCAUGUUCUGAGUGUGGGAAAUGUUUUGCACAGAAAUCAGAUCUUGUUAGACAUAACAGAAGUCACACAGGUGAGAAGCCAUUUUCUUGCUCUGAGUGUGGGAAAUGUUGUUUAACUAAAUCACAUCUUGUUAGACAUCAUAGAAGUCACACAGGUGAGAAGCUAUUUUCUUGCUCUGAGUGUGGGAAAUGUUUUGCACACAAAUCACAUCUUGUUAGACAUCAAAAAAGUCACACAGGUGAGAAGCCAUUUCCAUGUUCUGAGUGUGAGCAAUGUUUUGCACACAAAUCAGAUCUUGUUAUACAUCAGAGAAGUCACACAGGUGAGAAGCCAUUUUCUUGCUCUGAGUGUGGGAAAUGUUGUUUAAGUAAAUCACAUCUUGUUAUACAUCACAGAAGUCACACAGGAGAGAAGCCAUUUUCUUGCUCUAAGUGUGGGAAAUGUUUUGCACACAAAUCACAUCUUGUUAGACAUCAGAGAAGUCACACAGUUGAGAGGCCAUUUCCAUACUCUGAGAAAAAAAUCAGCUCUUGUACAAAAUAGACAUCACUUAGGUGAGGAGCCAAUUUUAUCUUCUGGAGUUUACUUAUCAUUGCCAUGCAUUGUUCUUCAAGGUUCUUAUUAUAUCUCCUGUGCUUUUUGCAAUAUACAUGCUACCGCAGGGUGAAAUAAUCAUGUCAUGUCCUCAUCUACCACUGCUAUACAGAUGACCUGUCUUUGCUCUAGGUACUGAGAACCCAGUACCAAUCCUAAAUGGUUGUCUAGCUGAGAUCCAGGUGUGGGUGAUGCCAGUUGGCUGUGACUCAGUCCUGGUGAAACAGGUCCUUAUGAUAGAAGCUCACCAACAAAGGGCAGGGCUACAGUUCAGCUUUGCAGAACAACCAGACUUAUGCUUGUGGGUUCAGAUUUACAAAAUGCUGAUCCUGUGUGGAAUCUUGGUGUCCUGGAUGGUGGAGUGACACUUAGAUAUCCGGUAUCUUCCACAAUCAGAUCCUUAUGUGAGGAACAUAGCCAGAUUCCAGCACUUAAUUCCCUCAGAAGGUCUACUUACAGUCAUACAUGAACUUGUAUCAUCUCACAUUGACUACUGCAAUGUCCUCUACCUGGGUCUCCCAGCAAAAUUAUUGCACCAUUUGCACAAAGUACAGAAGGCAGCAGACAUGCUGUUACCUAACCAGCCCGUUCCUGCCACAUAACACCAAUUCCAUUCUUCCUUCACUGGCUGCCUGUAAGAUGGUGACUCUUACAUAAUCUUACUGACUCUCCCAGCCCUACAUGACCAGGGUCCAUGGUACCAGAAGCAGCUUCUAUCUCCUUACUGCCCUACUUCCAUCUGCAGAUGAAGGAUUGUUACCAGCAAUACCAAGAAUCCCCAAGAAGUUCUGAGAUAUCGGGGGAGACAAGGCGGGUGGCACUAUUGCUGUAGUGGAGGCUGCUGGAGGCACGGUCUGUGGGUAAUAUUGUCCCCAAGCAGCACUGAGGUGACAGGGGGUACACAGGGUGGCUGGCAGUAGUGGGGACUGCAGGAGGCAGUAUCUGGGUGACAAUCUUGUUCUAAAGCAGGGCUAAGGUGUCAGAGAGGGAGACAGGGCAGUGGCAGUAGUGGGCGGAGACAGGGCAGUGGCAGUAGUGGGCGGAGACAGGGCGGGUGGCAGUAGUGGGGAGGUGACAGGGUGGGUGGCAGUAGUGGAAGGAGACAGAGUGGGUGGCAGUAGUGUGGGGAGGCAGGGCGGGUGGCUGUAAAGAGGUGUAUGGGUCCUGCACAGAACCAGUUGAUAAUUAGACUUCAUGAUUAUUCCUUAUUUCUAAUUAAUGCCUUGUAUGUGUUAUUAUUUGCUGUGUCAGCCUUUAUGUGUGUUCUGUAUAAUAAUCCUGAAAGUAGUGGUGCUACUGAUCUCAUAUAAUUUGCAUUAACUUGCAAAUCAAGAUGAAUGCAGAGAUGACAUGCAGCCCCCGGAAAAUGGUCUCAGCCCGCCCGCGUUUGCCGCUCAGGGAUGCAACCGCAAUGUGUGUGUCUGCGCGGCAGCUGAGCACAUGCAUUUUGCCAACACCAGCAAACUGUGCUGCAGGAGCGGCUGGGUCUGAAUGAGCCCCAUAGGCUUUUGGCUCUCCUAAUAUGUAUCUGUUUCUCUUAUGUCCUAGAGGAUGCUGGGGCUCCAUUUAAUACCAUGGGGUAUAGACGGGUCCACUAGGAGCCAUCAGCAGUUUAAGAGUUUAAUUGUGUGGGCUGGCUCCUCCCUCUAUGCUGAUGUUAUGUUGAAGUUAAAUCAAAUAUAUCUGUUUUGUCUCAUUAAUUAUGCUAUGAUUCUUAAUACUGUGCAAAGUUUCCUUUAAACAGUGUCCUAUUUCAACACUUUAACAUCAUUUGAUUAGGUGUUUACAUGGCUAGUAGCAAGGCCUCUGUGUAGAUAACGAGUGCUCAAUGACAUUGUAUGAGACUUUGUGGCAGAACAAGAAGGACAUAUCAUAGAAUAUCUGAUGACCUUCACUUUGGACAACAACACGCUAUUAUGAACAAGAAUUACUUUUAUGACAACGAAGCCUAUUAGAGAACCUAAUUGUUAUGUACAGGAGAUUCAAGAUUUAUGGACAAGUCUGUCGUCUUAUGGAUAAAACCACUCUCUUUAAUUAGCUAAUCUGACCAUAUUUGGCAUUUCCCCUUAUUGUUCAUCAACCAAUGUAUCUCCAUGAUUUAAUCUAUAUGUACGCCUUGUUUGUAAAUAAGCUAUUAAUAAUUGUUUAAUGUUAUGGUAUAAAUAAUGUAAAGUCAGUGUUCUAAAGACACAGGCUCAUGGUGAAUUUUGUCUUGGUCCACGCUCCUCUACGCAGAAUAUUGGGAGUGGUUCCUUCUUUUAUAAUAAAUUCUAUAUGCUGAAUAGCC